CCUCCUACAGGUGUUUGCUCGGCAGUGGGUGGAUUUUGCCUCUAGGGUCAGUGAACAAAGUACAUGCGAGACUGCACGACGACUGCCAUUUUCAUAGAAUAAGAACCUAUUUUUUUUUCCAUUUCUGUAUACAUUACUUAUUAUUUUAAUGUAAGAGCACAUCUAUUUAUGGUGUAUGUGGAGUUAGUGAUGGAUUACACUUGAGCUGUUAACUUUAAUGGGUCGAAUCGCACAGAACCGAAGUCUACAUUUGGGGACGAAAGUGCUUUUACUGUAGAGGGUUUGACAUAACUGCCAUUAAACGAAAUUCAGAAAAUCUGCAGCUGAUCCAAUGGAUGUUCUUGGAGAAAAUGAGGCACUGCAGCAGUUUUUUAAUGGACAGGAUGUGAGUGGUGUGUUAGAGAGUGCAGUGGUAGACACCAGUAUCCUGGAGCAGUAUUUGAGCAAUGAGACAGAUCCCACUUUCAUGUUACCCGAGUCACCACCAGAUUCAGGAUCAGAGCGUAGUUCUCCACCACAAAUACCAGGUUCAAGAUGGUCAACGGGACAAAGCAACAAGGAUGUGUAUAGCCUAUCAGAAGACUCCUUCCCUCUAUCUUGUCCCUUUAAAGACAGGAAACAUGAUGUUGGCAGACCCAUUGGAAACCACAUUAAACCCAUUUCACCUGCUUCGCUCCCUCAGUGCAGUCUCAACACAGUCGAGAGUUACACACAGGCAACCACGUCCCAUAAUGCACCCAUCCAUGGUGUCCCACUAUAUACUCAGGGCCCACCGAUGGGUCUUCCGGCAGGACAUAUCCCAGCUAAUGCAGCUGCGGCCUCUUCAUGUUUGCCCCAUGCAAUGUGCUCAGAGACAAUGUACCCUUACAUGCCCCCAAAACAUGAUCAACAUGUAGGAAAUAUCUUACACGAAAAUAAGAAAAGAAGAAGGUCAAACUCUUUUGAGGGACACACAGAACAGAACAGGUGUGCUGACCCAGUUUGGACUAAACCAUCAUACUGUCCAGAAAGUGGAUCAUAUGAAGCACAGUGUUAUGACAGUGACGCAGCUGGUGGAAGUUCAGUGGGCAGUGUGCACCAACUCCUCACAUGGGACCGGUAUCAGCCCAAUCAGUGGUGCUCACUCCACAACAGCAGAUCUGAAAGCCUACCAUCUCCAGGCUACCAUGUGGACACUGAUAAGGGUUUCAGUUACUCCACAGCUGAUGAAGCCUUUGUGUGUCAGAAAAAGAACCACUUCCAGGUGACCGUUCACAUAGGGAUGGUUGGAGAUCCUAGAUUUGUCAGAACGUCAGGAGGUCUCAUGCCCAUAGACAGCUUCCACGUGAAUGUGUUUGGGGUCAAGCUUGAAGCACAGAACCAUUUCAUCACUAUAGAGCAGUCUCAGUCAGACCGCAGCAAGAAGCCUUUCUUACCAGUCAGAGUAAAUCUGCCAGGAGACAAAAUCACAAAGGUGACAUUAGGACGGUUACACUUCAGUGAAACCACAGCAAAUAACAUGAGAAAAAAGGGCAAACCCAAUCCUGAUCAGAGGUACUUUAAGAUGGUGGUUGGUCUGUAUGCUACUGUAAAAGAGGAGCGUUUUCUGCUGGUUGCUAAUGUUUCUGAAAGAAUCAUCGUCAGGGCCUCCAAUCCUGGUCAGUUUGAGAAUGACAGUGACAUGCUCUGGCAAAGAGGACAGAACCCAGACUCUGUGGUGUGUCACGGGAGGAUUGGCAUUAACACUGAGAGCCCUGACGAGGCUUUGGUGGUUUGUGGGAAUGCCAAGAUAAUGGGCAACGUCAUGCAUCCCUCAGACAGAAGGGCCAAACAAAACAUCCAGGAAGUGGACUCAACAGAGCAGCUCAAGAGGAUCGCUCAGAUGAGAAUUGUGGAAUAUGAUUACAAACCAGAGUUUGCCUCAAAGAUGGGAAUUGAUCAGCAUCAUGAAACAGGAAUCAUAGCACAGGAAGUCAAAGAACUCCUGCCUUCGGCUGUAAGGGAGAUGGGCGAUAUAACUUGCGUAAAUGGGGAGAAGAUCGAUAAUUUUCUCAUGGUGGAUAAAGAGCAGAUUUUUAUGGAGAAUGUAGGUGCUGUGAAGCAGCUGUGUAAACUCACAGAUAACCUUGAGACUCGUAUUCAGGAGCUUGAGGUCUGGAACACUCGCUUGGCCAAGCUGAAGAGGCUGGGUAGCAUGCGGUCCAACAGCAGCCCUUCUGCUAAAGGGAAAAUCAACAAAAACAACACGCUCCAUUCAAAACUUCCACCGCCAACACCACCGCAGUCAAGCACAAACAACUUCUGUGGAGGAUUUCACAACUGUCUUCAACACAGAGUAUUCCAAGCUAGUAUUAUCAUGCUAGUAACAACCAUGGCUCUUUGUGUCAUUUCUAUCACUGCACUUUAUAUGUUGACAUUACAAGAAGACAUGGACUUCAAUAACAGUUUCAACAACUCCAACGUUAUGCCAACUUAUUCCACAACAGCAGCACUGACUACAGUGUUCUCCACCACCUCUCCUCGUCCCUGGCCUCCAGACAUUGAUGUCUCCAAUGUGUUUUAUUCAGAUGAGGUCUACUGUUGUCCUUCAAGUUUAAUUUAUAAUGAUAACACCCAGCUGACAGACACAGCUGUCCCCUUUGAUGCUCUGUCACAUGCAAUCACCAAUCUGAGAAAAACACAGAAAGAGAAAUGGUUAGAAAAUCUACCGGACAAAUUUAAAAAUUCUACUGACUGGAAAAACACAACAAUACAGUCCGUCCUUGUAACGCAGAAUCAACAAGUUAUAGAUAAGCAGUACUGUCAGCGGGAGAAUUGUGGGAAAGGAAACUACUCCUACCUCAUUCCCCUCAGUAAACACAUCCCACCCAACAUGCCUAUAACCCUCCAAAUGACAACAACAGAGUUGUUGGUGAUUCACCUUUGCUCACAUGAUGAGAGUGAGCAGUGCUCUUCAGUGCUUGACUACAAUGGCCCAGAGUCAAACACAGCUCUCAACACACAGGGCUACAUACAUAAAUGGAGACUGGCAGUGGCAAAUCACUAUCGCGCCUCUUACCAUUUCCGCUCUUCUGUUGCUGGUUUGGCAGAUUGUAAGACAGAUCUGAACUUUGCAGGAGUUUUAUUUACUGACUACCACUUCCAUUUCUUCCGUCGCUGUGACUGAUCAACACUCUUCAAAACUUGACUGCAUUAGUCAAAUGCAGGCUGUAAAUUAUAUCCUAUAAAGAGUCUUUUCAAGUCUUUCACGGGCAGAUCUUGUGUUGUUGCUGAAUAAACAUUUGAAAUAUGUUUGAUUUUAAUUUAUUCAUAUUUUCAUGGAGUUUUGAAAUCAAGAGAAAGCAUCUGAACUGCGGGUCUUCAAAUAUGAUUUGACGUAUAUUUUUCAACAAUAAAGAAAUUAUUGUUGUUUUGUACUUUACGACACAAUCAGGUAAUCUUUUACUGUGAUACUCAUACACACCUGAGUUCCUGUACUGAACUGAGCACAUUAUGUAAACCUGUGUGCAAUGAUGUUGACCAAAUGAUUUUGAGUCAAAUUGUUUUUACUGCUAAAGACUUUUAUUAAAUUAAGGUUUUCUCUAAAUAUCAAACACUACAAAUAAAGGAAGAUUUAUUCUAUGAAAGUG